AAAUGUGUUUCAUAGUAGAAACAAUGGCAAACUGUCUGUGAUAAAUCUGCUCAGCAUUUAUGAAGACGUUAACGAUAUACACAAUUGUAAUAUAUUAACUACAUCAGCAGGCUAUUGGCAAGUGAAAUCGUCGUUACCAUGCUCCGCUUUUCACUGUACCGCUUGGUAGUGUUAAUGUGUGUUGGAAUUAUCCUCUACACUACCGUACGAUGGUGGCAGAUCAUAUUCGGUCAAGAAUCAACUGUGCAACAAUUUCAGCACACCUGCAACAUGACCGAAAAGUAUCGGCACGAGCUAGAGCGGUUGUUCGAAAGGGUUCACCGGCUACUGGUACAGCAUAAACUAACUCACUUCCUAUGUUACGGUACACUCUGGGGACAGAUACGCAUGGGGAAGAUGCUGCCCUGGCGGGAAAAGGCCGAAUUUUGUGUGCUUAACGACGAGCUGAUGCACCACGAAGAGGCUCGUUUCAUAAGAAAUUUCUACGCAAACGAGCUGCACAUAAGCUACCUGCACUCGGAAGGCAUCUAUAGGAUAUUUGCAACCGAUUCGGUGACAAUGAUUGCACCGCCCUACAUAGAGUUGAUUGUUUUUCAGCUCGAUGUUGCGCAAGGCAUGUACAAGCGGGUCGGCUGGAAGAGGCGACUGUUACCACCGCACUGCGAUUGGACACCGUCGUUGGAUUGCUUUCCGGUUAAUCUCCUCCAGGGCACUCUGCCGAAGCGACCCCUGGGUCGCCUUCUUUACACCGUUCCGAUGGGGGGCAUCGAGCUGCAAAAGUACCACUAUAGAGACAACUGGUGGAAGGACGUCAAAGUGCACAAUUGUAACCUCAACUAGUGCUUGGUUCUCGGCAAUUAAAACCAACUU